AUGGAUCUCGAUACGCCACCCCUUCUUCCGUCUUCAGACGGCGGAUCGCCGGAUAAUGGCGUGGAAAAUAUGGAUUCAGACGCGAGGCUGCAACGCAUAAAGUAUUUGGUCGAACAGUCAAAACUAUUUGCUCGGUUUCUCACGGAAAAACUGCCCCAAGACCCGGCGCCUGAACCCGCAAAGGAGCCUGCGAAGGAGCCACCGCAAAAAGUAGACAAACCCCGACAGUCAACGCGAGCUACAAAGCAACUUUCUCUGGAUUCGUUUUACAAGUCCACGGACAAGGCACCGGUAGCUGAGGCUGACCAGCCAAAGGGAUUCCAGGCCCCCAAAUCUAUAGUUGUGAGUCUGCACCCGCACCAAUUGAUUGGCGUGGAGUGGAUGAUCACUCUUUAUCAAAACGGACUCAAUGGAAUUCUCGCCGACGAAAUGGGACUCGGUAAGACAAUCCAAGUGGUGGCAUUUUUGGCAUAUCUACUGGAGCAGGGGAUUUCGGGACCAUUUUUGGUAGUCGCCCCGCUCUCUACCAUCAAAAACUGGGAGAAGGAGUUUGAAAAGUUCUGCCCAUCCAUCAAAACGUGCUGUUAUUACGGGGCUCCGCCAGCUCGUACCAAAUUGCGACGUCAGUUCAUUAAAAAGGGCGAGUUGCAGAUCCCGGUUUUCAUCACCAGCUACGAAAUCGUCAUGCAAGACGCUAGAUUCCUCAACAAGAUUAAAUGGAAAUAUGUCAUGGUCGACGAGGGCCACCGAUUGAAAAACAUUAAUUGCAAACUUAUGCGCGAGUUAAAAAAAUACCCCUCCGCAAAUCGCAUGCUCUUGACUGGUACACCUUUACAAAACAAUCUACAAGAGCUGUGGUCUCUUUUGAACUUUUUACUGCCCGAUGUAUUCACAGAUUUGGAUAUUUUCCACUCUUGGUUUGAGAAUGGAGGUGGUAAGGCAAUUGGGGAAGGCGAUGAGUCUCAGUUGGUGACAUCCCUUCACUCAAUCCUUCGCCCAUUCUUACUCCGACGACUCAAGUCUGAACUUAAUCUUAAUCUGCCGAGAAAACGCGAAUACACUAUCUUCACUGGUCUUACUCCUCAGCAGACAGAGCUGUAUGACCAUAUUCUCAAAGGAAAUGCAAGAGAUUAUGUCGUUAGCUUGAUUCUUAAGGAACGAAAUCAAACAAUUGAGGACAAAGGAGACGGUCCCCGUAAAAAACGCCGCAUAGAUUACAAGGAGUUGGAGUCCGAUGUGGAGUUUGAUGAGGAGAGCGAAUCCGAGUCCGAAUCCGAGCCUGAGGAAUCCCUGGAUACAACUACGCAUCAGAUGGUCAAGUUAGCCCACCAAGAGCUUCGAGGAAAGAGGUUUUCUAAUAUGAUCAUGCAACUCCGGUUGGCCUGCAACUCUCCUUUCCUGUUUUACUUCCCGUGGACUGAAGGGCCAGUAGAUGAGAGAAUCCAAAGCUUUUCGGGUAAGAUGAUUGUUCUAGAUGCCUUGGUUACUCGGCUAAAAUCCCAGAACCACAAAGUUCUUAUUUUCAGUCAAUUCACAAAAAUGCUUAAUCUUAUCGAACUUUGGGCCGGUAUGAAAAACUACAGAUACUUAAGAAUUGACGGAAGCACAAGUCAGGUGGAGCGUCAAGAAAUGAUCGAGGAGUUUACUCCUACAUCCGAUGUCGAUCUGUUCCUUCUCUCUACACGGUCAGGUGGCCAAGGUAUCAAUCUCACCGCUGCCGAUACCGUCAUUCUUUUCGACAGUGACUGGAACCCCCAUCAAGAUCUACAGGCUAUGGAUCGCGUUCACCGCAUUGGCCAGACUAAACCUGUUCUUGUGUUUCGGUUGGUAACAGGUGACACUAUUGAACAAAGCCUCUUAGAGCGGGCUAACGACAAACUUGAGCUCGGAAAUUUGGUGAUCGAAAACGGACGCUUCAAAGGGCUUGGUGUCAGUCAACUUGAACAAAUAGAGAGCAUGGGACGCCAGCUCCAGCAGCACAAAGUAAAGUUUGACGGAUCGCUCAGCGUGAGCCCUGAGGAUUUUGAUCGCAUGUUAGAUAGGAGCAAUGAAGCAUACGACUUUGCUUUAGAGCAUCCACAACUCAGUGAGAACAUAUACUGUAGAUAG